CAUGUGCGGUCUCGGGUGUGUGUGUGCGCUCGGAGCGGGGGGGUGGGGAGAACGAGGGGGCGGACACAGUGGAAAUUUCCACUCCCUGCAGCAGCCACAGCCGCCGCGGCGGCGGCGGGAAGGAGGAAGGCGGGCGCAGGCCCCGCGCCGCCGGCAGCGGGGAGGCGGCGCCCGCGUCGCGGCUCAGCUCGGCCCGGCCCGGCCGCCUGCCUCGGGCCCGCUCCCCGGCGGCGGGUGUCCCCCCUCUCCCGCCUCCCCUUACCCCGCUCCCCGGGCCGGGGCGGCGGGGCAGCCCGCGAGCGGGCGGGUGGCGGCGGCCCCCCGGCGGGCGGGCGUGUGCGCGGCGGAGGCGGCGCUUGUCGCGGGCGGGGGGCGGCGCGGCGGAGCCUGCGCAGCUGCCGGCGCCCUUUAAGCCGCGCCGCCCGCUCGUCCGCCCGGGUGUCUGUGCAGCCUGGGAGCCGCGCGGGUAGGAGUCGUCGCCAGCCGCCGGGGACGCGCCUUCCUCCUCCAGUUCCCCCCCUUCUCCGGCAUCGCCGCCGCCCCCACCUCCCCACCCUCUGCCCCGACGCAUCCCCGCUCCUCCUGCCACAAGCCAGCUCUAAGAUGCCCCGCUAUGAACUGGCUUUGAUCCUGAAAGCCAUGCAGAGGCCUGAGACUGCAGCUGUGCUGAAGCGCACUGUUGAGGCUCUUAUGGAGAGAGGAGCCAUUGUGAGGAACCUAGAAAACCUGGGAGAAAGGUCUCUACCUUACAAAAUCUCCAAGCACAAGGAGCGCCACAGAAGAGGAGGGUAUUUUUUGAUAGACUUAGAGGGCCCACCUUCGAUUGUAUCGACCAUGAUGGAUCAUUUAGGACGUGAUAUUGAUGUAAUUAGACGUGCUUUUAUAAAGCAUCCUGUAUCAAAGACAGAAGAAUGCAGUGGCAUAAUUCCAGUCAACUAUGAAGAUAAACUAAAUGCGAAGAAGUGGUGAAUAUUCCAAAUAGCACGUUUGAAACUUUUUAAAAACCUUUUUAUUCCUACUUUGGCAAAAAAUUGUGAUAACUAAUGUCCAUCAAAACCAAUCAGUUUUGGCCAUGUUUUGUGUGUGGUAUAGUACACUAUCUUAAGUUAUUGUAACAUUUGAGGUUUCUUUUUGUUUAAAAUAAUUUGAAUAGACUUAAUCUGUAUGCUUAUCUUGAUAUCUGACAACUUGAAAAUUGAUUUUCUUCUCUCUUCUCUUUGAGCAUUACAUUGAUAAUGAAGAUUCAUCCAUCAUCAGAAUGCUAAAAAUAGCAUUCUUUUGCAAAGACAGAUUACUUCAGAAUAUGUAUAUUUACAUAAGAGAUUAAGAAGCCUACAGUGUAAAUAUAGCAGUAUAGGAUGUGAUUUGUUGGAGUUUUUUUGAUUUGUUGGAGGUGGGUUUUUUUGUUUUUGGAAAAAGAUAAUAAAAGUGUGAUUAAAAAUAAAA